UGAUGUUGGUAUUUCCGGUUGGGUCCCACCGACCGUAGUGAGAUGGUAAACCGGUAACAGGACCUAAAGGGACUCGGAGUGAGAAACCGGCUGUUAGAAAAAAAAUCUUCCCUUUUGGUCCAGAAACCUGAAGUUUUUAGACAUAGACACGUAUUUAUUAAUUUAGUUGUCGGAAACGGUCUGUGCAUUUCAGCCGAGAUAGAUAGUGAGCAGAAAAAGAGAGCAAAAAAAAAACCCAGACUCUGGGGAGUGUUUAGGAGGACUGGUCAUCUGGGAGCAAUUAGUUACAGAGACGAGAAAAGACGAAAGGUUAGUGUACAUCUGCUGACAAGAGGACACAGUGCUGAACCGAAUGAACCCGAGGCCAAGCUGACCCUCAACCGACCGGGCCAGGGCUUUAUCAGCCGGACAGAGAGAGAGAGACAGAGAGACCUUAACCUGGGCUGGAUCAGGAGAAAUAAACGAACCCAACAGCUGUCCCCUAACCCGGGUGUUGACCAUCCAGAAGCAGGCUAGAAUUCGGGCAGAGACCUCAUGAAUGGAAAUCAGCACUACAGGCUGGAUUUAGAGGAAUGGGAUGUACCUCAGGUUAGAAGAAGUCUGUUGGCAAGGGAAGUAAAACAGCAGAAGAGCAGAGUGAUGAACACAAUGAGUCUGUUCUGCUGGGUGUGAAUACACAAAGCUGAAGGAGAAUUCAGACACACACACACACACACACACACACACUGCUGACCUCGCUGCUCGAAAAGCGUGCACUGGAUCUGACCAAGGUUCAUUUUAUACCCCAGCGUAACAGACAGCAGACACAACGUACACAACCCACACUUUCUAAUCACCAUGAAAAGCCGUUGGGGCUACGCCCCUGUUCUCCGUGCCACGCAGGCCUGGCUAUGGCACCAUGGGCAAACCCAUCAAGCUGCUGGCCAACUGCUUUCAGGUGGACAUCCCAAAAAUGGACGUCUACCUGUACGAGGUGGGCAUCAAGCCAGAGAGAUGUCCACGCCGUGUCAACAGGGAGGUGGUGGACUCCAUGGUGCAGCAUUUUAAAGUGACCAUCUUUGGAGACAGAAGGCCGGUGUAUGAUGGCAAGAAGAGCUUGUACACAGCACACCCACUACCAGUUGCUGCAGGAGGAGUGGACCUAGAUGUGACCUUGCCUGGAGAAGGAGGCAAGGACCGACCCUUUAAAGUCUCAAUGAAGUUCGUGUCGCUGGUUAGUUGGCACAUGCUGCACGAGGUCCUGACUGGACGGAGUACGGCUGAGCCUCUGGAGCUGGACAAGCCAAUCAGCACCAACCCUGUGCACGCCGUAGACGUGGUGCUGCGCCACCUGCCCUCCAUGAGGUACACACCAGUAGGCCGGUCCUUCUUCUCCUCUCCUGAAGGCUAUGAUCACCCGCUGGGUGGAGGCAGGGAGGUGUGGUUUGGGUUCCACCAAUCAGUGAGGCCAGCUAUGUGGAAGAUGAUGCUGAACAUAGACGUGUCUGCUACUGCGUUCUACAAAGCCCAGCCGGUCAUCCAAUUCAUGUGCGAGGUUCUGGACAUCCACAACAUCGACGAGCAGCCACGCCCUCUGACCGACUCUCACAGAGUCAAAUUCACCAAAGAAAUCAAAGGUCUGAAGGUGGAGGUAACUCACUGCGGCACCAUGAGGAGGAAGUACAGGGUGUGUAACGUCACCCGCCGGCCUGCGACCCACCAAACGUUUCCACUGCAACUGGAGAAUGGACAGACUGUGGAGAGAACAGUGGCGCAGUACUUCCGCGAGAAAUACAACCUGCAGCUCAAAUAUCCCCACUUGCCCUGCCUGCAGGUGGGCCAGGAGCAGAAACACACAUAUCUGCCCCUGGAGGUGUGUAAUAUCGUAGCUGGGCAGCGCUGCAUUAAGAAACUGACCGAUAACCAAACGUCCACCAUGAUUAAAGCCACGGCUCGAUCAGCGCCGGACAGGCAGGAGGAGAUCAGCCGACUGGUGCGCAGUGCGAACUAUGAGGCUGACCCCUUUGUGCAGGAGUUUCAGUUCCGCGUGAGGGACGAGAUGGCUGAGGUGACCGGCCGCGUAUUGCCUGCCCCCAUGCUGCAGUACGGCGGCAGGGUGAGCUCUGAACACUUCCUGAAUCGCACAGUGGCCACUCCAAGCCACGGUGUAUGGGACAUGAGAGGGAAGCAGUUCCACACUGGGGUAGAAAUCAAAAUCUGGGCCAUCGCUUGCUUCGCCACUCAGAGACAGUGCCGAGAGGAGAUCCUCAAAAGCUUUACCGAUCAGCUGCGUAAGAUUUCAAAAGACGCUGGGAUGCCUAUCCAGGGCCAGCCUUGCUUCUGCAAGUACGCUCAGGGAGCAGACAGUGUAGAGCCCAUGUUCAGACACCUGAAGAACACCUAUGCUGGCCUGCAGCUCAUCAUCGUCAUCCUGCCCGGGAAAACGCCCGUCUAUGCGGAGGUGAAGCGUGUUGGAGACACUCUGCUGGGAAUGGCCACUCAGUGCGUGCAGGUGAAGAACGUGGUGAAGACAUCACCACAGACUCUCUCCAACCUCUGCCUUAAGAUCAACGUCAAGCUCGGUGGCAUCAACAACAUCCUGGUUCCUCAUCAACGUCCGUCCGUCUUCCAGCAGCCGGUCAUCUUCCUAGGAGCUGAUGUCACUCAUCCACCUGCAGGAGACGGCAAGAAGCCCUCCAUCGCUGCAGUGGUAGGCAGCAUGGACGCCCACCCGAGCCGCUACUGUGCCACAGUGCGUGUGCAGAGACCCAGGCAGGAGGUCAUCCAGGACCUGGCCUCCAUGGUCCGAGAGCUACUCAUCCAGUUCUACAAGUCCACACGUUACAAACCCACGCGCCUCAUCUUUUACAGAGACGGAGUGUCCGAGGGGCAAUUCCGACAGGUGCUGUAUUACGAGCUGCUGGCCAUUCGGGAAGCCUGUAUAAGUCUGGAGAGAGAAUAUCAACCAGGCAUCACUUACAUUGUCGUGCAAAAACGCCACCACACACGCCUUUUCUGCGCUGACCGUAACGAGAGGGUUGGACGGAGUGGAAACAUUCCUGCCGGCACUACAGUUGACACGGACAUCACCCAUCCCUAUGAGUUUGACUUUUACCUCUGCAGUCAUGCUGGAAUUCAGGGCACGAGCCGGCCCUCACACUACCACGUGCUGUGGGACGACAACUGUUUCACAGCCGACGAGUUCCAGCUGCUCACCUACCAGCUGUGCCACACCUACGUACGCUGCACCCGCUCCGUCUCCAUCCCAGCGCCUGCCUAUUAUGCCCACCUAGUGGCCUUCCGUGCUCGCUACCACCUGGUCGACAAGGAGCAUGACAGUGCGGAGGGCAGUCAUGUGUCAGGACAGAGUAAUGGUCGUGAUCCCCAAGCCCUGGCCAAAGCUGUGCAGAUUCACCAUGACACUCUGAGGACCAUGUACUUUGCCUAGCCCUUCAUCCUCCUCCUUCUCCUCCUCACCUGUCACUCACAUGACACCAUGCACUGAAGCCUACUCCCGCCAAGUCCCGGGUCGCUCUGCUGCUAAACCGAACCAAACACAACUACAGCAAAGGGGAGGGGUGGGAAUUAACUCUGUUAUGCAAUAGAAUAGUUCAAAAAAACAAGAGAGAAAAUCAGCCAGGCUUUUCUACUAGCCGACUUCUUUCCUUUUCUUGUGUAGAUCUAUGAGCCCUGAGUAAGGUAUGGCAUUUGUACACUUAUUUAUUAGCAUCGAGUUUUAUCUGUCUGUCUGUCUGUCUCUCUCACUCUUUUUAACCACGUGCAGAUCUUUUAACCUUUAAUUACACGUCAGAUUAGCUUUCUGCGAAUUGAUAUCAGAUAUAAAGAUCAAAUUAUUUCACUCUCAUGAAACGGAUGAGAGGAAGACUACAAAAGGGCGGUGUGGUGUUAAAGAACUGAAUAAUCCCAGCAGUUUGAUACAACAGACACAUUUAUUAUCCAGUAACGGACAUGCAGUACGAUUCUAGCCAAAUAUUUUAGGGUUCUGUUUUUUUGUAGUUGUUGUUGUUGUUGUUGUUGUUGUUGUUUAGAAAAUGUAAAGAAAGUUCCCAACAAAUCCAGGAUAGACGACAGUAAAAUAUCCCACUGCUGCUGUUUUAUCGGACAUCAGCACUGUUGACCGCUGCCUGUCCAGUCAGAUUAGUGGACUGGAACUGAGAGGGAAAGUGAUGCUAGGUCAUUGCCAAAGGACGCUGUGUUCUAUUCUAACCAAUGAAACCAGUAGGAAUAUUUUGGCUUGAUCCAUAUCCAUGUGGUAGAGUUUUAAUAAUGAUGAAUAACGGCUUAAUGAUACUCGUAUUUUGAAAUAAUUAUCAACAGGGGACGUUUUUUCGUCUCGGUUUCCAUUUCUGCUCUUUAUGUGUCUUAAACAAGGUUCAGAAGUAACUUUAGGUAAGACUCGGACACGUGCGGGGGAAAAAACACUUCCUGUUCUGUGUGGAGUGAUAUAUUAGAUCAGAACUGCAUUAUAGCCUAAAGUGCAACCGCCGGACGUCCGUUUAAAACCUGACCCUUGGUCGAUGGAAGGUUUCCCCUUCGAGUGUUGCGUGUGUUUGUUGUUGUCAUUGUUGCUGCCUUUACCAGGUACUGAAUAAGUAUAACACACUUUUGCUAAAACAGCGUUUUCUCAACGAAGUGCUGGUUUUAUUCACAUGGUUGCGAAUAUCUAUAUCGCUUCUAGUGUUGUUCCUUUCUACACAUUACGGAGGGGUCAAACGUAUCGGGUGUAGUGGGUGAAGAGUCACUCGUGUAUUCACAGGGAUUCGAGACAAAGUGCCUGGAAACGCCUUCCUACCCGACAUCGUCCCAGCCGAAGGUUUUCACGCUGUUCCACCUCACUGCGCUCCUUAAAGCAGUGUUUUAGAAGUGACUUUAUUUUUUAAAACAUAUGAGCAAAAAGAACUUAGGUAGUGAUGAGUACGCUGCACUUAACAUAGAGCAUGUCUUUCUUGCUUUCUCACUUCCUCCCCAGCAGACGAAAGCACAUACUGCCACCAUGAUGAGUGCACAGCGAUUCAGCUACAAACCCACCUCAGCUACUUUUUAGGAGUUUUUUUUAAAUCGCUGGGCCAAAAUUCUGACCGUGCAAAUCAAACCUGUUGGGCACCAGAUAGCACUGAUUUAUACUACACUAUAUGGCCAAAAGUAUGUGCACCCCUGACCAUCACAACCAUAUGAGCUUCUUCCACACAAUUGUAUGGAAACAUCUCUGUAGCUUUACAAGAGACUGGAACCCUGUUCCAGCAUGACGAUGCCCCUGUGCACAGAGCUCCAUGAAGACAUGGUGUAGAGGUUAAGGUUGUGGUGGAAGAACUCGUACAGAGCUCCUGACUCUUGACUCAACCCCACUGAAACACAGUCUGAACCCCAGACCUCCUCACUCUUACAAUAUCAGUGUCUGAUCUCACUAGCAGAAUGAUCACUAAUCCCCACAGACACAAUCCAACACCUAGUGGAGAAAGAAGCCUGAAGAGAAGAGUGGAGAGGAUUAUAACAGGAAAGAGGGAAUAAAUCUAUAAUUGGAUGUCCAGCCAGCUCAUGUGGCUGUGAUGGUCAGGUGUUGACGUACCGUGGACCUGGAGGCUGCUGAAUGUCGGACAGUUUCCGUCACACAUGCCUUGUGACUAUAAGCAUUUUGGUUCCACCAAAAUAUUGAUCCUGGCCGUUUUUAUUUAUUUAAUCGUAUCUGCUAGCAUCCGCCACUUUUCAACAAGAAUCUGCAGUCCGAGCGACGGCGCCUCAGUAGACAGGAUGGCAUGAUUUCUUUUCUUUUUUUUCUUUCCCUGGACCCAUUAAGGGCUGUUUACUACUUGACCUCGUUUGUCCUUAAGCAUCAGCUUUGUCCACUGCAUCUUUAUCCUCAAAGCCACAUACAGAUGCAAACCAGUGUAGCUGCUAAUCUCCUGUCCAGAUGUGUGUCGGUACAAAGAGUGCUUGAGGAACGAUGACCAUAUUACUGCACUUAAUCGUUCGAUAUGACUCUAUAUCCUCAGACGGACGGGGCUAAUUUCGCCCGGGUGCUAAGAAGUGCGGUGCUUUCAUUCGGGGAAUCGGAGAGCCUCGUUCACUAUUCUCUGAUUUUGUUCGUUUUAAGCAGAUAUUUAUAUAGAGGGAGUGUUUCGCUCCGUCUCAGAUGCGGGCGCCGAGCUAAAGAGCCGUGAGGAGGUUCGGGAUACCGCACCUAGGACAGUCAUAGCCAGUUAAACUGCUCAGAUGUUUCACGAUGAUGUCCGUGAGCCAGAUGUUCAAAACCUUUUCGAAUGAGUCCACGAUCAAAAGAUCCCAUUACAUCACGGUGAUCUUACCACGUACAGACAGGGUUACCUAAAGCAGUUUGAUUUUCUGGUACACUUAUUAUUUAUUACUGUUUAUUGAGGAUGUCAUGAAUAAACACGAAGCAUUUUACUGUAAAAUCAUCUCAGCGUCUUCAGAGUAGAGAAAAGGAGUAUUUUUUUGUGCUGGAUAGUUUAACAGGAUCUUCUGUUGUUUGUUAUAGUUAAGGAUAGAAAGCAGAAAGGAUCGUAUAGUUUUAAUAUUUAAUCGUGUCAACAAAGCUGAUGAGAUGGCCUUUGAACAGCUGGCUCUUUAGACGCAGUUGAAAAGAAAGUCUCUGCGGUUAGGAUCGCUUCUCGCACCACAUCCUGCACUCUCUUCACCUCCGCAUGCUCCAUGAGGGAAUCGUGACAAAACCGAGACACCAUUAAGAGCUCAUUCAGCCAGUCCUGCCUUAAUGGGGAAGCACACGUUAUUGGGCUGAUUGUCUUUUGACCUGGGUGCGUGUGGCACUGUGAAACCUCCCGUCCGUUCGACCGUAACCCGGUACUUCUCUGGCACUACCAGCAUUCGAUUUUUACUUGAAAAAACAAGCUUGAUGUAAAACGGCAUGUGAUUAGGGGGUACAGCGCUCUGUAGUACACACCUUUUACCUUCUCAAGUUGCCACGGAUACACUUGCUAGGGCCCGCUAAAUGAGGCAUUUCACGUGAGGGUGGAGAGGUUGGGCACAAACUGUGAUGUAAUAAAACCCCACCCCUCCUCUCCGUGCUGGACUUUACGGAUGCCUUGGCUCCAAAGCGUUUUUAAAUUCAGAGCAGAGGUAUAUUUGUAUAUUUAAAGAAUGGAUCUGUGUAAUGCACACCACUUAUUUUUGCUAACAAGAGUCUAUGAGAGAUAACGAGAAUAUAAAAUAUCUAAUAUUAUACGAGGAGUGUCUAAAAAUAAUCAGAUCAAAUGCAAUAGACUGUUGUUGACCUCCAGGUUUAUUUUCUCUUUUUAAAGGUUUUUUGUUUGUUUGUUUUUUCCUUUCCGAAUCACGUUGUCGUGUCGUCUCAUGGUAUCGCUGUAGUUUUAAUCUUCAACUCUCUUUUAUACAACUAUUUUUUUGUUUGUUUUUUUCUGAUUUAAUGUGAGCAGAUUUUACAAACCUGCCCUUUAAAGGUCCAAACUAAUACCAGGAUUAAAGUGGCUUCGUGGAAUUUGUGUAACUUUGAUGAUGAAUGAUUUGAACUAAAGCCUUUAACUCUGGACUCUAACAUUAUUAUUAUUAUUAUUAUUAUUAUUAUUAUUAUUAUUGCUAUUAUUUACACGUAGAGGCGAAUAUUCACUAUAAAAGGAGACUUGUCUGUGGAAUGUGCCUUUCUCGAUGGUGCUGAUCUUAAACUAGUAAAUAAAGGACAAAAAAAAUAAGUACUCUUGAAACGUUCAAAGGGCACAAGCCUUCGUCGACGUUCGAAGCCGAGUAUAUACUGAUACGUGAUAUACUGUAUGAUGUGUGUUUGUGUUUUAAAAAGUGUGAACCUGUCAUUUUUGUUUGCCAAGAACACGUCCAUAUCCGAGACUCUCGCGAGUCACAUGGUGUCAGGACCAAACUUUUACACAAGGGGGGUUUUGGUGGUGAUUGGGGCGCAUGGCAUGGCAUGGCAUAACUAACCGCUUGCACUAGCCAGGCUGCGAUGAUCUAGAGAAAUGUCAUUUCUAGAAAGAGGUUUUUGGUAACAUGUUUUUCGAUUCAGGAUUUCAGUGAUGCAGGACGAUAUUGUUAAAGUUCUCGGAAGCAUUAAAAGCAUGUUUCUAGGAAAAUAAUAAUCAUGAUAAUAAUUCCAUUGGGAGAGUCGGUGUCGGUUUAAUCAGCAUUUCGGAAAUUGACAAAUCCGAAAUCUCUUCUGCGGUCCUCAUUUGGAGCAGCUGACAAUUCCUGCAUCAGCAAUUUCUGUGUAUAAUUUUUUUUUUUCCAGCAUCGAUAUUAAAGACCAUGUUUAGAACAUUAGAGUCGCUGAAGCGCUUCGGUCAGUGCUCGAGAGUGCUCUGCAGUGCCAUGUCACUUCCUUCCUUUGUGCUGAAGGGAUUCCAUGGAGAGAAAAAAAUCUAAAGAAAAUCUGAAAAAGUCCUUGAUUUUGUUACAUAAUGCAUCAUGAUCACCUGCUAGAUUCUGAAAUACAUUUUUUUGGAGGGUCUUCAUAUAUCAUCUCUGAUUCCGGUCUUUCAUUGAGCCGUUUUUUUUGUUUUCAUUUAUGUUUUAUUGUCCUAUUUAAUUGUUAAUAUUUUAAUUAAAUAUAAAUAUAUAUAUGUA